AUGACGUUGGUGCUCCAUCCCCAACCUAGCAUUGUUGUGUGUGCCAUUGCAUCUCUUCUAUCGUGUGGACAAUGGGAUGAAGCCAUUGAGUAUGCUAGAAAACACAAUGAUGCAUCAUCCAUGAGCGAUGAAGAGCUUGCAGAAGCGGUCAGUGCCUUCAGCUUGUUAGUUCGGGAAGAGUCAGCUCUUCUCGUCAAAGAAAACGUACUUAAUCCGGAGAAAUGGGAGGAGGCAGUUGAAAUUUUCAAACUCAAGGUUGAAGACUCAGAAAAACGUACAUCUGUCAAGGUCAAGAUGGAGAUUGGAAAUAUAAUUCUUCAAGCUAUUAAAAAGGUGGGGUAG